GAAGAGGAGCGGUGCAUCCGGAACGCUUGCGCGUUCAAUACCAAGGCUUGUAGCGACUGGAAGGGAUAGCGGAGUAACCGGGAGAAGAGCGGUGGACGUUUGGUAAAUGAUUUGAACGAACAGGAAGAGGGUUCUGAUCGAUAGAUCGAUCCGGUUCCAAUCAGCUAGCCGAUGAGCAGCUUCUCUUCCUUCUCCUCCUCCUCAUCCUCUUCGAUCCGAUCAAUCGGGGAAAAUAGUUGAAGAUGAACGAGAACGCUUGGAAACAUAGGAGAGUCCCGGUUCCUAAAAGGACUAUAGAGCUUGUAGCACUGGUUGCGAUAUCCAGCACGCUGUUCCUCUUUAUCCACACUCGGGAAUUGCAUUCGAGAUUGAGGAAGAUGGAAGUACGCCUGCAACCCGAUGAGAUCUUCACCGGGGAUCAACAACUAUCUUCCGAGACCGUGCAAACCGAAUCAGGUACCAUCGGGGUGCAUCUCCAACCCAGGCCACGGGCCAAUGCCAAGUACGGAGAAGCGGAGGCGUUGGACGUGGAUGCGUUGAACAACACGAAAAGAGCCGAUCGGAAGGUGUUGUUUUUCAAUCGAGUUCCAAAGGUCGGCUCGCAAACGUUCAUGGAACUCCUCAGAAGACUGUCAUUGAGGAACGGUUUCUCGUUUAACAGAGACAGGGUUCAAAGGGUCGAAACCAUACGGCUGGCCCCUAUAGAACAGUUGCAACUAGCCAGGAUGGUCAGCAGCUACUCGGAGCCCUCGGUCUACAUAAAACACGUUUGCUUCACAAAUUUCUCCGAAUUCAACUUGCCUCGGCCGAUUUACAUAAACGUGGUACGCGAUCCGGUGGAGAGGGUGAUCUCCUGGUAUUACUACGUACGAGCACCUUGGUACUACGUAGAGAGGAAGCAGAUAUUCCCGGAUCUACCCUUGCCGGAUCCGAAUUGGCUGAAGAAGGACUUCGAAUCUUGCGUGUUGAAGGGGGAUCGCGAGUGCAGGUAUCUCGAGGGUGAAAUUCACGAAGGGAUCGGGGAUCAUCGGAGACAGACCCUCUUCUUCUGUGGCCACAGCGAAAAAUGCACACCUUUCAACACUGUGGGGGCUUUGGAGAGAGCUAAGAUGGCAGUGGAGAAGGACUACGCGGUGGUCGGGGUUCUCGAAGACCUUAAUACUACGCUGACGGUGUUGGAAAAUUAUAUACCGGAAUUCUUCAGAGGAGCAACUGAAGUCUACUAUGACGAGUCGAACGCGUUCACGAGGAUAAACAGGAAUCUGUUCAAACCGUCGGUAAGCGAGGAGGUGAAGGACUUGGUGAGAAGCAACUUCACGAGGGAGAUUGAGUUUUACCAAUUCUGCAGACAGCGUUUGUACAAACAGUCGAAGGCCUUAAAACAGCGGCGGCCCACGUUGGUCAGCGAUAGCUUAUAACGAAUCGUAUUUAUUUAACUGUGAGAACUCUCGAUAUAAAACGAUCUGCGUACGUGAUAAUCGAGACGAACGACGUUGUAUCGUGUAUAGAAAAUUUCGACGGAGCGUGACUACUCGCUCGGGUAAAUUAUUUUGUUAUAUAGAAACGUAAUAGCGAAACGUUCGAGCUUUUAUUCUUACCAAUGUGAUAAUUUAAUAUUAAUUCGAGUUAACCGUUAGAUUGUUAACAAUCUUAGUCCCGUUCUCGACUGUCCCUUCGAUUUGUUGUUAAUUACGUUAAAGUAGAUUGAGAUUGUACGAGCCGUAUAUCUCUGUGAGAAAAUUUUAACGAACCUGAUAAAAUGCUACGUGCAAGGUUUGAUGUGAUGAACUUUUACGAAAAAUUAUAUUUACAGAGUAGUAACGUUCGUAAAAUUUUUUCGACGUUUCUCUUGUAAGUCGCGAGGCGUUUCUUAUUCAGUUUACAAACUGUAAGUCGAACCACAAUCAAAUUGAAAAUAUGGAGCAGGUACUUAACAGUUUAUUAAUCAAGUGCAACGAGACGACGCACAGGGUAUCGCUUUUUACUGUUUUUAUGUUUUCUCUCCUUUGUAAUAAACAGCUGCCAUUUUCAAA